AUGUUCAAUCCUAAACGUCGCGCUGGUAUGAUUCCAGAGUCUUUCAAAGAAGACUGUUUCGCUGCCUUGCUCGAGUUUGUAGGAACGACAGUAUUCCUGCUUCUUGGUCUAGGAUCAAUCCAAGCAGUCACAGUGGAGGCGGCCGCCACUGCCUCUUCGUCAUCCAACAUUGAGCGCGUCCUCUAUAUCUCUUCGGGCAUGGGUUUCUCCUUGCUCGUAUCUGCAUGGCUAUUCUACAGAGUCACGGGCUCGCUGUUCAAUCCCAACGUCAGCCUCGCCCUACUCAUCGUCGGUGUCAUCACGCCUGUUCGCUUCGUCCUGUACUGCAUCGCUCAGCUGCUUGGAGCCAUCGCAGCCUCUGCCCUCGUUAUCGCUCUGACUCCUGGUCCGUUGAGCGUCAACGCGAUGCUACAACCGGGCAUAAACGACGCUCAAGGGGUCUUCAUCGAGAUGUUCAUUACUGCUGCUUUGGUUCUCGCCGUCUUGAUGCUCGCUGCCGAGAAGCAUAAUACUACGCCCUUUGCACCAAUUGGCGUUGGAUUGACUCUGUUCGCGUGCCAUCUCUUCGCUGUUAACUACACUGGCGCCGCCAUGAACACAGCACGAGCAUUUGGGCCUGCAGCAGUCACUGGGUUCCCAAACGGGGAUCACUGGGUGUACUGGCUCGGGCCCUUCCUAGGCUCCAUCCUCGCCUCAGGCUUCUACAGCGUCAUCAAACACUAUCACUACUGGAAGCUCAACCCAGACCAGGAGGCCGUCGAACAGCACAUGUCACCUCCAGAUCCGAUCGAGCGUGUGCGCGAAGCCGUCACGAGCUCGAGUCAAGGCAGUGGCGAUGCGGGUACGAGUGGUGGUGGUGGAGGAGAAAAGAGUAGGUUGGGUGAGAGUGAGGAUAACUGGCGUGUUAGGGAGAAGAACGAUAGUCCCGUUUGAGGACAUGAGCUCCAGGAGUCGGCGUUCUGGAUGUGUUUUUCAAUAAUCUAGGCUAUUGACGGAUGGAAGUUGCGGCAGUACGGUAACUUUAUGCAUGAUAUGGG